AUGAGUCAUUCAGACGAUGAAGAGGUUGACUUCACUGACAUUCAUCAAGCUUCAAAUCGAAAAAAUAAGAAGGCAGGAGGAUGGCAAGCUCUAGGCUUCGAUCACACGGUUAGCAAAGGCAUUGAAAAGAAAGGCUUCAAACAACCGACUCCAAUUCAAAGAAAAACGAUUCCCUGCAUUUUGGAUGGAAAAGACGUGGUUGCUAUGUCGAGAACCGGAUCGGGAAAGACAGCUGCUUUUGUUAUACCAAUGCUGCAGAAGUUAAAACGACGAGAAACGGUAGGAGCACGUGCAUUGCUGGUAGCACCAUCACGUGAAUUGGCUCUUCAAACAUUUAAAGUAGUUAAAGAAUUGGGACGUUUCACCGGUCUCCGAUGUGCUGCAGUGGUUGGCGGUGACCGAAUAGAAGAUCAAUUUGGCACAAUUCAUGAAAACCCUGAUAUCAUCAUUGCUACUCCUGGCCGAUUACUUCAUGUGCUUCUUGAGAUGGAUCUCCGAUUGAAACAUGUUCAAUAUGUUGUCUUUGAUGAAGCUGAUCGUCUUUUUGAGAUGGGAUUUGAGCAGCAACUUCUUGAAACGUUAAAGCGAUUACCGGAAUCUCGUCAGACUCUACUAUUCUCAGCCACUUUGCCUAAAAUCCUCAUUGAUUUUGCAAAAGCCGGUCUCAGCGAUCCAGUAUUGGUGCGCUUAGACGUAGAUGAGAAAAUUUCCGAACGGCUUUCAAUGGCGUUUUGUACAUGUCGAGCGGAUGAAAAGCUUGCAACGUUGUUAUGGUUGUGCCGAAAAAUGGAACACGAAAACCAACACACCGUGAUUUUCUGCGCUACAAUGAAGCACGUCGAGUAUGUUGUUGCUAUUUUGAAUCGUGCGGGCAUUGACGUGUCUUUUCUGUACAGUCAACUCGAUGCAACGGCACGAAAGCUCAAUAUUGCAAAAUUCCGGGAAAAAGAGACAAAGCUUUUGGUUGUGACAGAUGUUGCUGCGCGGGGCGUUGAUAUCCCACUUCUUGAUGUGGUUAUCAAUCUUCAUUUUCCUGCAAAAGCAAAACUCUUUGUCCAUCGGGUUGGUCGGGUGGCACGGGCUGGUCGUAAAGGAAUGGCAAUUUCGCUUUUAGCUCCCGAUGAGAUUCCUUAUUUGUGUGAUCUAUUUUUGUUUCUGGGAAAACCGAUGAUUUUUGCAAAGGAUACUGAUGAAAUGGAAGAAAAAAAAACGUUAAUCGGCCGUGUCCCAUCAUCAGUCGUCGGUGUUGAGAUUGAUUUCCUUAAAUCUAUCCACGACAACAAUGAAGAUUUAAAAGAUCUUCGGCACAAGGCGAUCAAUGCUAUGAAUAAAUUUACCCAAACGAGAACGCCUCCAUCAGCUGAAAGUUCUAGGAGAACUAAAGAUGAAAUCAGAACCAAAAUCUUCGAGAGCUCCAUCCAUCCAUAUUUGCGUGUGAAAGGCGAUGCAGAGAAUCAAAAGCUUCUUAACCAGUUGUCAAAUUAUAAGAGUAGAGCGACAAUUUUUGAGUUGCAUGGUGGAGAAAAGAAAGAAGCGGCACGAGUGAUGCGGGAUAAACGACAGCAUCAUCAAAAUCACAUUGAGGAAGUGAGUGAAACAAAGGGUCGAGAACAAGUACGUUUGAUAGAAGAGGAGGCCGCAAAAGCUAAGAUCAAUCUGGACGAAGAGGCUGAUGAAUUGCUUCUGAAGUCGACCUUUGCCUCGGUGAUCGGUUCAUCGGGAACAAACAAAUCGAUUGGAAAAUCUCGAGAAAAUGAGCGACGGCGGCAAAAGGAGGAACAUUUCAUUCCAUACAUCCCUUCAGAUCACCAGGCGGAAAAACAACUUCAAGUCGAAAAGCACGAUUUUGCAAGAGAAGCAGCCAAGGCUUCAGUGGAUAUUUGUGGAGAUGAUGAUCCAAGUCUGAGGAAAUCACAAAGCACAAAGAAAUGGGAUCGCAAAUUGAAGCGAUUUGUUGGAGCAAGCGGUGACGAGCCAGGAAGCAAAAGAGUUCGAACCGAAGAAGGAACUUGGGUACCUGCUUCGUAUAAGUCUGGCCGGUAUGAACGCUGGAAGCAAACAAGCAAAGUUUCUUACGAAAAGGGCGGUGAAGACGGUGAUGGUGAGGAAAAUUCGGAUGUUCAGAAGUUUAACCCCAACAAAAAAUUCAACCGAUCAAUGAAAAACCAAAAGAAUACUAGAAACGAGCUCAAGAGUAAGGAUGAAAUGUUGAAAGGACGCAGACGUAAAGAAAAAGUUGCCUCCUAUCAAAACUAUCGAGCAAAGGAGAAUGCAAAAAGGUCUCAAGCCAGUGGAGGAUUCAAAGGAAAAGGACAAAAGAGAAAUAGAAAA